CACUACCAAAACCAGGAUUUGAAUGGAAACCCCAAUGGCACCGUAGAACUCCCCCUAAAUGUGGCGCUUAGCGCCCAAACUCAUUGCCCCAGCAUCAACAAACCGUGAACUCUGUCCUAGCAUGGGAAAACAUCUUGACCGCAGCGCGAAGGACAUCUUGGUGUCAUUAUCUUCAAGGAUGACCCAACAAGAGAUUGCUGAGGCCUCGGGAGUGUCCGAACGCACUGUUCGGAAGUUGCUCACUGCUCCAUAUGCACACCAUCAGGAUCGAGUUGAAACAAGAGGGCGACAUCGAGCGCUUAAACUUGUGGUGUAUGAUCUCAAGUUCCUUGACAGCCUCAUCGAACAAAAGCCGGAUUUGUACCUUGACGAAUUACAGGCUGGGCUUAGAAAUGAGCUUGGGAUUGAAACAAGCACUUGGACGAUUUCCAGAGCGCUACAU